AUGGCGGACGCCAUCUGCACACUCACCUACAACAGACCUGAUUUCAUGUCGAAACUAGAUAAAAUAUUCAGAGAUUUCUGGAGGAAGCUGACCAGGCGACUGCACCUACCUGCUUGGCAGGGGCCAAUUGACUACUCACCACAAAAGGGACUGAAGAGCACCAGGCAAAAUAUGCCAGUUCCAGUUCCAGAUUGGGCCCGAGAAAAGCAGAGUCAUACAGAAGGGCCAAAGGAAUCUGGCCCAAGAUCACGGGAACCAUCUUCAGGGACUUCCUGGAAAGUUGUGAUAAAUGUGGGGACACCAAAGCCGACCUAG